CAUAGUGACAGGGAAAACAGUUACUGCGUGCAAUGCGGUUAUUAUUCUUAUUAACGUGUUAUUGUGAAUUUUACACAUCAGCUGAUUGAUAAUACAAUCCUCCCUAACACUUGUAAUGAAAGUCACUUGUUAACAACAAUUUUUUAAAUAAAACGAAAAUCGUGAGAAUGAUCUCGUAGUUUUUACCUGUUCCAAAACUCAUCGAAGCAAAAAGUGCCGCGAUCUUUUCGCAAUCGAAAAGACAAUCGAUCCUGCAACAAAAUGAGAAUCGAACAUCGAUUCGUCAUCUAAAGCUAGAUAUUGAGAGAGAGAAAAAGAGAGAGAACAUCGAUUCUUCAUUCGAUUGUUACCCACCCUAUUCUGUGACGUAGUUGUUGUUGAUUGCGAGAACUAUGAACUGGCAGAACAGUGUUUAAUGUUAAUGUGUAUAAAUUAACAACACGUUAUAGAGGAAAGAGAAGAACGGAGCGUUACUCUUGUUUUAGCGUGAACGAUAAUGUUGCCAAUACAGUCAGGUGAUCACAUCGUCAUGGAUCAGGAGGACUAUCUAACGAUACUAAAAAUUCUUAUGAUAGGCGAAUCUAACGUAGGAAAAUCAAGUAUACUUCUAAGAUUCACCGAAGAUGAAUUUUACGAGAAUAUGCAAAGCACGGUUGGUAUGGACUACAAAACUAAGCAGAUCUCUAUUGAUGGCAAUCUAGUGAAACUCGCAAUUUGGGAUACUGCGGGUCAAGAACGAUUUCGCACUUUAACGCCAAGCUACUACAGAGAUGGCCAAGGUGCUAUUUUAAUGUAUGAUGUUACAGAUCGAAAUACCUUUGCAAAAUUAGAGACAUGGCUGAAUGAGUUAAACACAUACUGCAAUAAAAGUGACAUUGUCAAGAUGGUAGUGGGUAAUAAAAUUGACUUACCAAACAGAGAAGUGAGCACUGAGGAAGGUCUGCAGUUUGCCAGAAGACACCAAACCUUGUAUAUUGAGAGCAGUGCAAAAACAGCAGAUGGUGUGAAGUGUUGCUUUGAGGAACUCGUACAAAAAAUAAUACAAACACCUGGUCUCUGGGAUACUCACUCAAUCAGAUUGUAUGAUAAUGGCACUAUGGGUGUUGCAAGACAUCGAAUGGGCAAACGAGGAAUGCAGUUGGCUGUCAGCGAUCACCAACAGCAGGACACGUAUUCAAAUUGUUACUGUAGCCUGCUAUAAUCAACUGUGGCAGCUUAUAUACGGAAACUCAUACGCUUGCUACGACGAACGUGUAGAACUGUAUAAGUUUAAAUUUGAUUAUCACGGGAAAUAAAUCUGUAAGACACCGCGUGUAACGCGAAAGAGACCGAAUAUGGUAUAUUUGGUUUCGAUGCGAUUUGGAACACUUUUUUUCUCGAUGCAGGCCAAUGGAAGAUUCAGAGAAUUCAAUGAAAGCAAGUCUCAUUAGACCAUUGACUGCGUCUCAAAUCGCAUUGAAAAGAAAGUGUUCAAACCAUCGACCUAUAGCAGGGCUCGAAAUAGUUUGCCAAUUUCGGCCGAUUCUCGAAAGCUACGCCUUCUAUCUCCCCCUCUGCCGCGUGGCAGGCCCAAAAAGUGACGGUCGCGACCAGUCGCGGCUCCAAAUUUAAAGGCAUGACCGUCACUUUUUAGGCCCGCCGCGCGGCAAGGAAUUGAUAGAAGACGUAGCUCCCGAGAAUCGGCCGAAAUUGGCAAAGUGUUCCGAGCCCUGACCUAUAGAAUGGACUGCGCAACGCUGGUUGAAAGUGCGUCUCGGUGCGGAAGAAGGACAACAUAAGUCCGCGGCCAUUUGCUAUCUCACUCACUCUGAACCCUGUUUCAUAUACGAAAAAGUAAGAAAUAGCGCAGUCCAUACUAUAGGUCGAUAGUUCGAACCGUAUUGAAACUAAGGGUGCAUUCUACUUGGCGAUCGAAUCGUCGUGAGCGUCACUCAAUCUUUAUGACAACAUCAAGUGACAAACAAGCGGAAUCCACCUUAAGUAUACACUAUGGCUUUACACAUGCUAUUCUUAUCAAAUCUUAUCAAAACUUAUCAAAAGAUAUGCAUAUACUUGUAACACAUACGAACUAUCGUUAGAGACUAUUUAAAUACGGAAUAGGAGUCUUUAGACUGAAUCUUGCGUUCGUGUAAAUACAUUGUACUACUUACAGAUAUGUUGUCGGGGAACGAUCGUAGUGCUCAGUAAAGCGUUUGUACGAACUGUAAUCGAGGUUCCGUUAUUCACAUUUUUGUACAAAUAGCUCAAACGUUUUUAUAGUCUUUUCGAUUGUUUUCAUCCUUUUAUAUUCUGCACAAUACGUGCGCUUGACGCAUAUCGUUGUUACAUCCGGAAAACGUGUAUUAUACUGUAAAAAUGUAUCUAAGAUUUCUGCUUCGCCACUUUGUCUAUAUUACGUGCUAAUUUUUAAACUCUGCAGUAUGUAUCUCGUUGAAAAUACGUACUAUGCUGAUUACACACGGCGAGUAUGUAUUUCAUAAAGAGAUUUCUACAUAAUUAUGACGGUGAUAUAUAUAAGUAACAUUAUACACAUAAUUUAUUCGUUUGUAAAUAUAACAUUUUCUGGAUA